GCACCACGCUCCACUCAAAACACCUACCGAACUAGCUGGAGAUCGGAAGCUAGUGCAAAACCCGUGCUUCGUCAGUAUGGCCGAGGACCUCAUAACAUCCCUCUACCCGCCGCCGCCACCCUACUACAAAUACUUCACGCCUGAAAACUUGGCUCAGUAUAAGGAAUGGACAAACUCAAGCCCAGAUACGCCUCUACCAGGAGAACUACGGCUUCAGGUGCCCCCCGAAGUACCGUCUGCAGACCAAUACCGAGGAUACGGAAGCGUGUGGUCCCUAGAAAACAAACUCCCGUCCCUCAAGGACCUGGGAUGGCGCCAGUUGUACCGGGACGAGGACGAGACCAUCACGUCCAAGGCGAAGAUCGAAGAGCUCCAUAAACUCUUGGACUCGCUCUUGCUCAAUUUCUUGGAGCUCGUGGCGUCCGUGUCCGUGGAGCCGGGGAAGUUCUACGUGAAAAUCGAGCACCUCAAGCUCAUUUUGAUCAACAUGAACCAUCUUCUAAACACGUACAGACCGCACCAGACCCGGGAAAGCUUGAUCAUGCUUCUACAGAGCCAGAUCGACAGCAAGAAGGCGGAGAUUGCCGAGAUGGAUCUGGUCACGAGGGCCGUCAAGCAGGCAAUCGCCGACUUGGUCCUGAGCGAACCGGCAGGCGCGGGCGGCGAUGCGCCAGAGACCGAACCCCCACAGGAGACGGAUUCUGUCCGGGACUCUGAGAGGAGCCGCAAGCUCGAGGUAUUGCAAAAGCUCAUGGCGGAGAGCCCAACCGCCUGAGGGGGUAUUUUGAGGGAGUACACUGUAUGUAUACUUUUAAUGAAAAGCCACGUUU